CGAAACGCUUUGAGUGUCUGACACAUUAGCAGCGGACAUGUGCGGCAUCACUGCUGUGAUUCUGGCCGACUCGACGGCGAGCGCCAGUGCAGAGCUAUACGAAGCACUCGGAUUAUUACAACAUCGGGGCCAGGAUGCCGCUGGUAUAAUUACCUGUGGUCACAAAGGUCGAUUGUAUCAGUGCAAGGGUAAUGGAAUGGUGAGGGAUGUGUUUGAACCUCGACAGCUCGUUGGCUUGCAGGGGUCACUAGGUGUUGGUCAUGUUCGCUAUCCCACGGCAGGAACCUCUUCAAAUGCUGAAGCGCAGCCUUUCUACGUUAACAGUCCCUACGGGAUUGUUUUUGCCCACAAUGGAAAUCUCACGAACUCGAAGCAACUUCGGAAUUUUCUUGACCAUGAAGCACACCGUCAUGUCAACACGGAUUCUGAUUCGGAACUGCUACUAAACAUAUUUGCCGAUCAUCUUAAUAAGACGGGAAAGUUUCGAGUCAAUGAGGACGAUAUUUUUUCCGCAUUGGGCGGCGUUUACAAGCAAUGCAGAGGUGGAUAUGCAUGUGUCGGGAUGAUAGCGGGAUUUGGAUUGUUGGGCUUUCGCGACCCUAACGGCAUCCGCCCCCUGAUAUAUGGUGAGCGGCAAUCAAGUGAGGGGAAAGAUUAUAUGAUGGCUUCAGAGAGCGUAGUGCUUGAAGCACUAGGAUUCACAAGUUAUGUUGAUGUUCAACCUGGGGAGGCUGUGAUAAUCACCAAAAAUGGGAUCACGAAGAGACAAUGCGUUACUGGAAACCCUUUCACCCCAGAUAUUUUUGAAUAUGUAUAUUUUGCCCGGCCGGAUUCCAUUAUGGAUGGUGUCUCUGUGUAUAAAGCGCGGCUGGCUAUGGGCGAGGCUCUGGCCGAAGCCGUUCUCCGUAAGCUUGGGAAACAUAUGGAUGUGGACGUGGUGAUUCCGGUUCCCGAUACUAGCCGUUCCGCUGCGCUUCAAGUUUCCUACAAGUUAAAUAUCCUCUACCGGGAAGGUUUCAUUAAAAACCGAUAUAUUGGGAGGACAUUCAUUAUGCCCGGUCAACAGCUAAGAAAGAAAUCUGUUCGGCGCAAGCUGAACCCAAUGCAUAUGGAGUUCCACGACAAAAACGUGCUACUUGUUGAUGAUUCCAUUGUCAGGGGCACUACCUCGCAGGAGAUCAUUCAGAUGGCUCGAGAUGCCGGAGCAAAAAAGGUGUACUUCGCAUCUUGUGCCCCACCAAUUCGGUAUCCUAAUGUAUAUGGCAUUGAUAUGCCUACACGUCAAGAAUUGGUUGCGUGGAAUCGCACUGAUGACGAGGUCGCAGAGGCCAUCGGUGCCGACUGCGUUAUCUACCAGGAGCUCAGAGAUCUUGUUCAGUCUGUGGCCAAGUUCAAUCCCCAAAUAAGUCAGUUUGAUGUAUCCGUGUUCAAUGGAUGUUAUGUCACAGGCGAUAUAGAUGAAGAAUAUUUCCUCCAUCUGGAACGACUACGAAACGACAACACUAGAGACUCCAGGGAACCGGCUGCCGCGGACGUGAUAGGAUUGCACAACUCCUUCCAGUCAUAGGACCUCAGCAGACAUUAGCCAUAGGUAUCAGAUACGGUUGCCCUAGCACCAUGUAAUUUACAUUUUCCCCAUACAAAAUCAUAUAUGCGUCGCCCGCGCGUGGUGCAUUGUAGCGUUACAGCCAGUUAAAGUAAUCACAUUCAAUAUGAA